AUGUGCAGGAUGAAAAAGAUGCCAAGUUCCUGUGCUCCUUCCUUCCGGCACAGCAAGGAGGGGGAGAGGAGCUGCCCAUGGGCUGAUCUGGCUCUCUCCUCUCCAGCUCCUCUCCUGCUCCUUCUCUUCUCAGCCAUGGAGAAGCUCCUGCACCUCACCUUGGUCUUCCUGUCAGCAUCCUGUGCUGCAGAGAACGUCACCGUGGUGGCCGCCAUGGAGGGGGACACCAUUUCUGUCAACUGCUCCUACGACCCGCGGCAGUGGUGGCGGGAGAAGAGCUGGUGCAGGCAGCUGGACCAGAGCCGGUGCCAGCACGUGGUGGGCGCCCCGCCCGCGUGGCUGCCCUUCCCCAGGAGCAGGAGGGGCACCACCUCCAUCAGGGACAACGCCCGCGCCGGGCUCCUGACCGUCACCAUGAGGCGCCUGCGCAAGGAGGACGCGGGGCUGUACCAGUGCAGAACGGAUUUCCUGGGCCAAACAAAGAGCCUGAGGAUGGUGCAGGUGGAAGUGCUGGCAGCAGCUGACCUGGUGACCCACUUGCCAGAGGAGCCCAGAGCCGUGCAGAGCAUCUCCAGGUCCCCUCCUGAUGUGGAUUUCACUGUUUUCUACAUCCUGGCUGGAUUCCUGGUGGCCAAGUUCAUGGUGGCUGUGCUGGUCGGUGCUGUUGCCCACAGCAGGAAGAAGAGGGAGAGAGGGCAGAACCCAGGCCUGGGUGAGCAGCAGGUGCUCCCGCUCCCUGCUGACCUUGGACAUGAUGGAAUUGGCCUCUCCUGGGAGAGUUCUGCGUGAGCCAAUCCAAAGGGAAUCCAUGGAAAAGGCAAAUUAGGGUUUGCCACCAGCCAUAAGAGAAGGAUCACUACUAAACACAGGUCUGGAAGAACCUGUCACUCUGGAGAGGGAAUGUCCCCAUCUUUGUCACCUCUUCCCCUUGGCACCUCAUCCCCAGGCAGUUAUUCCAGACAUCAUUCCCAGGACCAUUCCAUCACAGUCUGAACUGACACCCAUCAACUUCCUGUCACCUCAGGUGACAGAUUCUGCUUUUCCAAGGUGAGGAAGAGCAGCUCCCAAAAGCUGCUUUGGACAGUGGGGAUGCUUGGAAAAAUCCCUGUGGAAAGGCGUGAGGAACUGCAGGACACACCAGGAAAGGGAUGUGGUCUCUUUGCAUCUCUGAGCCAGCUUCUCCUCUCUGAAGGGACUCUGUGAGCACAGGAGCUGUCUCUGUUACUCUCCCUGUGUUUUCUCUCCCAUGUGGUGGUUGUUCAUCCCUCCCCACUGAGCUGCACUCAGCUCUCCCAGGCUCCAAACCCAUGGGCACUCACAUUUCUUUUUCCCUGCAAAACUAAAUAAAAUCCAGCUGAUUCUC